CAUUGGCCGGUUUCAGUUCCAAUCCCAGCCAAUCAGAAUACAAUGCUGACACCCUUCGAAAUUUAAAAAAUACGCUAAUAACCUUCAGUCGCUUUUCGGAUGCUGUAGUGAAAACAUUAGUGUUGUUAAAAUUUGUUGAAAAUUGUUUUUUUGCGUUGUGUGUGCUAAUAUUGUUUUUAUGCCAACUAUAACGGACAUAUCGGGAAGUAGUGUGUACGUCACCUCCAUGGCGUCAGACCAGGAGUCCUGUUCUGAUGAGGAACCAGACAGUGAGAUGUUGAGUGAUGACUUCUGUCUACCAGACAGCGAUGAUGAUCGGCAAAUCAGGAGUGUUCAGAAUCACUCAGAGGACCUUCCAUCCCUCAACUCCUGCCUCCUCCGUCCACCUCGCAAGCUGUUCACGAACUGCCGAGAACGCUGGAGACAGCAGAAUGUUAGUGGAGCCUUCGCAGAGUUGAGGAGAUUGGUGCCAACCCACCCCCCGGAUAAGAAAUUGUCCAAGAAUGAGAUCCUAAGGAUGGCUAUAAGGUACAUAGGCCUCCUAUGCGAAGUACUAGAAUGGCAGAAGAACCAUGGUCUAUCUAUGAACAAAGAGAAUUCAGUAAAUCUCGCUAUCAAAUGUGAGCCACCACUAAGUCCUCAGUCUAGGAGACUCCGACUAAAAAGGCCAUACUUCGAAGAUGACGGUCCUAAACACAAAAUCUUUCAUGAAACUGAUCAAAAAUAUGGCAAUGAAGAAAAUGAAGAACUGAAACGGAAUUUUCAGAGGAAUUUGACACAAAGAUCAGAUUUUUACUUCGGCAAAGAACAUUUAAGGGUUUUGCGGAAUCAGUAUUAUUUUAAUUCAAGAUGGCGGCCUAAUGUUCCGUUUAGGAGCUUGGCUGAUAGAAAUGGGAACAAUUUACUGAUGAUUGCUCCAGCUCAAAAUGUUGAUGGAAAAACCGGAAAUGCCAAAGAGAAAGAUAUAAAAGAUAAUAAAUAAAGGGAUAUUCCUGAUAUAAUUUGUAUGAAGGUGACGGAUUUUUAAUUGUUCAACCUCUUUUCUGAAGUUACAAGAACAAGUAAUAGUGUUGAUAUUAUUUUCAUUGUAAAUAGUGUAUUAAUCGUAUUUAAAUGAUCUCUUGUUAUUAUUAGUGACAUACUUAGUUGUAUUUACGAUACUAUUAUAUUUAGUGAUUAAAUAAAUGUAUUAACAUAAAUUAACCUACAUUUUUUA